ACCGCGCGGCCUUUCCCGCCCUCGCGCCCUUCCCUCGCCGGCCGCCUGCCCCCGCACGACGCCGCUGUGGGGAUGUGGCGCAGCGCCGGCCUCGCUGGCGACGCGCAGAAGGCUGAGACCAAAGAGGAAUUUGUAAAAGUUAGAAGGAGGGAUUUGGAAAGGCUGACAACUGAAGUUAUGCAACUGCGGGAUUUCUUACCCAAAAUAGUAAGUGGAGAUAUCCUGGGGACAUUCCAGAAGCUGGAUGCUAUUGAAUCAAACCUGGAGAAAAAGGAGGAGGAAAUAGAGCAGCUGAGAAUGGAUUGUGAACACUUCAGAGCCCGUCUGGAAACAGCCCAGGCAGAUUGCAUGAGAGAGAAGAAGGAGAAACUGGACCUGCGGCAGCAGCUGAACGAGGCCAAGCAGCAGCUCCUGCAGCAGGCAGAGUAUUGCACAGAGAUGGGAGCAGCAGUGUGCACCUUGCUCUGGGGGGUGUCCAGCAACGAGGAGGCUGUGAAAUCCAUUCUAGGAGCAAGUAAAGCAGUAAAGUUUUUCACAAUCACUGCCCAGACCAUGGAGAGCUUUGUGAAGUCAUUAAGUGAAGACAUGAAACAGCAGGAUUUGGAUUCUGAGGAAAAUCAGUUUGUAUUAGCUUUGGCAGGGAUUGUAACAAACGUGGCUGCGCUGGCGUGUGGCCGUGAAUUCCUGGUCAGUUCCAGUCAGGAAUUACUGGACACAAUGAUGCAUCUCCUGGGAGACAUGAAGCCAGGACUCUGCAACAAAUUUAAAGUGCUAAUGCUAAUGUCACUUUACAAUGUGAGUAUCAACCUGAAAGGCUUGAAGUACAUCAGUGAAAGUCCAGGUUUUAUUCCCCUGCUUUGGUGGCUGUUGAAUGUUACAGCAAGGGUGGAAGAUUCUCAGAUAAAGCACUUCUGCAGGUUCAGAUCCCCGACUUUGGAGGAAAUCUGCUUACUGUCAAGAGAGAGCACUGACUGGUUUGGAUAUCAGAUGAGAGGUUAGAUCCAAGACCUCAUCUUGUUCCCAUCAUUUUGUGUGAGAUCUCCAUAGUUUUCUCAACAUUUAAUCUAUUUCUAAAUGUCUGUAGUUGUAAAAUUCAGCAGCUUCCGCCCACUCUUGCUCCUCUCCUGUUUCCCUGACCAGCACCUUCAGGUUCUGCUAGCCAAGAUUCAGCUCAUAAACACGUGGAGCUGCUACAGCAUAAGGUCUUGUUAUUUCCAUGCAGGAGAGUAGAGCACUACCCUGUGCUGGCAGAGUAUCCUGUACGUGCUUCCUGCCUGCUGGAAGCUUCUUCAAAGCCUCUUUUGAUUAAGGCUUAUGACAUGACUCAGCUUUCCAGUUUUGUAUGCUUUUAUCACCAUUCCCACUAAGAGAAGCCCCAGAAAUCAGCCUCUGAUUUUUUUUUCAUUUUCAGAGAAUUACCCUGUUUACUUUUCCAUUGCCAAUCUACAAGUGUCCGUGACCUCAGCCUAUAUGCAUCAGGCCCAUCUUUCUCCACUGCCUUGUAUGCAGCUGAUAAAUCCCUCAAAUUCCUUCUCUGAGUUCUCAGUUUCUGCCCAUUUUUGUCCCUUGAAGAAGAAUGUCCUUCCCGUUAAGUGAAGAGAGCAAAUAAUUGACUCGAUUGUCUUUAUUUUCCUUUGUUGUAUCUAAAGCAAAGAGGGAUUUCAUUCAAGUUGUCUCACAGCAUUUUUGAAGAGAUAGAAAUGUGCCUUGAUGUUGAAUACAUGGAUUGGAAGAGAAAGAAGGGAAAAAAUCUAAUGAAGGUUCCUAGUGGAGUAAGAAUGUUAACAGCAAACUGUCCUGUUGUCUUUGGGAAACUUGGAUGAGCUGGUGUGGCUUCAUGUUCCCUAACAAGAAUUCUUAGUACCUCUUUCUGCUGGAGGCUGUACUGAUCAUAGGAGAAAACCAAAUGUUUGACAGAAUUUUUGAAGAUAAUGCAUAUCUCUAGUUUUAGCACUUUAUCAAGUGGGCUGUCUUUUUCUUCCUUUUUUUUUCCUGCCUUUUUAAAACUGCCUAAAAGAUGGACACCCUUCAAUAACCAACACUGAUCACUGAAUCCUCUGUGUAGGUAUCAGCUGUGCCUGCCUACACCUUCCCAGCCUGGUGCCAGCAUGAAUGAUGACUCAGAUUUCUGUCCGUGGAGCAGCCUGUGGGAUCAAUAGAGUUCUCCUCUUGUGGAGCACCAUUUGUUUGCAGAGCAGCUGUUCCUAUCUUGGACAAAAUAGGCAGCUUUAGUUUCCUCCAUCAGCUGCUGUCCCUGUGUUGGUGUGCUGGCUGAGGGUUUCAGAUAACUUUCAGAUUUAAAGAACCCCUGUCCUCAGCCACAGAAAAAGAAGCCUAUAUCAUACUGUGUAGAAAUCCACCUGAGAUUUGUCA